GGGUGGGCAAAGGCAGGGGAAGAAUCACUCCAACUGUUUUGGAGUCGAAAAGAGUCCUGAGCUUUAAGGAGACAAAACUAAUUUCUAACAAAAAGCGCAGCUUUGAGGAUAAAACUGUGGCCUGGCGUGGAUCUACAGCUAUGGAUGAUCAGGAAAACCAGAACACAUCAGAAACUAACAGUAAGAUGGACCCCCAGACUCAAAGCAGGGGUCUAACGACCUCAUGCAACCCCAGUAACGAGGAGGACUUUGUGCUGCUGGAAAAAGAUGAGACUUGGAUGUCGUCUGAAGCAGAAAGCAGCAGCAAAAAAGAAGGUGAGGAUUCCGAUAACUCCCGCAACGACAAACUCCCACAACCUUCCAGGCGUACUCCUCGAGACGGGAAUAACGAGAAGCCCAACACAGAGAGGUCCGAUACUGUCGGAGCAUGUGCUGAGAGCUCACCCGGAGACUGUUUGAAGAGGGAAAUGGGUCAACAUUUGGCUGAACUGACAGGCAGCAGGUGUCAGCUAAAAGGAGUAAGUCAUGUUGCCUGCAGCGAGACAACUGGUGGAGGGACUGCAGAGACAGAGCAGAACACUGGUGCUCAAAUCAAACAGGAGCUAACACACAGCAAGCCUAAAGACCAGCAAGUGGCUCAUGAGAACAAGUUUGCUGAAGCGGUGUCCUGGAGGUCUAAACCAGGGGUGUCAGGUCAUUUAUUGAACACCAGAAAAGAUGAGAGCCAGUCUCACUCUUCCCGGUCCACAACUCCUCCUUCUGUAGCGCCCCAGCUGCACUCAUUUACACUGGAACAAUGUGAAGCAAUGCCUCGUCCUCCCCUGGCAGGAAACACUGAUAGGAAGGUACAGGUGGCCUGCUUAAAGAAAGAGAGCGAGCUCGUUUGCUUCUCUGCUGUCGUCACUCCUCCACCUUUAACUCAUCUGUUACCGAAGAAAGACACCAACACGACAGAGCCCAUGCCUGCCUCAUCCGGUCCCAACGGUGACCUGAUGCCAUCAGAAAACACUAAAGUCAAGGGUCCCCCGCCUCCUGUCCCCAAAAAGCCCAAGAACCCCUUUGUAAAGCUCAAAACUGCACAGUUAAAGUCUACGGAUGUGCAAAGACGAGACAAAGAUCAUCUGCGUUCAGAGGAAAGGGUCAAAAGGAGACACACUUUUCAUUUUAACAAAGAUCUUCCAUGCAGCAAGCCUACAAAUCAGGACAUGUGCUUGCUGUGGAAUGAAACAGGCACUUACAUCGUACCGGCCAACGUUCGUCGACUGUCUGCUGACAUCAGAUCGUGGGACCAUCUGUCUCCCAGGCGUAUAGAUGACCAAUUUGGAGACGUGGUUGAUUUUGAGUACUGUGUGCGAAUGGCAGAACUGUCUCCAGAGGAUGAGCCUCAAAACUUGGACAUGUUGCAGAGACGAGUGUUCUUAGACAGACGAUCCAAGCGAAGCUGGUCAUCUCCUCUUGUAAAUACGACAACAGAGGCCUUUCACAUCCCUGACGAUGCACCUAAUAGUGACUUCCAAAGUUUAAAAUGUGGCAUUUCAGACCAAAAAGAAACUGGAUUCUUAUCUGAAAGAAUGCAGAAGCAGGUCAGUACAGCUAACAAUGGCGACUACGGCUGUCACAAAAAUUUGACGAAUCACAGCAUCAACCGAGACGUGGGACGGGGUGGUGAGGUGGGUUCCUACAAGCCCGUGGCGGAAAUUGUCAAAGAGGCCAACCAAAUGCAAAGACAGCAGAGUCGGGUCAGACCUGAGGCACCCAAAGCUCCUGUUCGUUUGGCAGAGCAGACUCCGAGUUCGACGGUAUCCCAAAUGAAGAGCACCUUUGAUGUCCCACAAAAGUCCAAGGAGAGACCAGCAGAUGUCCAGACAUAUCCGACAAAGAAAGAAAUGUCGCGGCGAGUCGUGCGACAGAGCAAGUUUCGCCACGUGUUCGGCCAGGCUGUGAGGAACGACCAGUGCUACGAUGACAUCCGUGUGUCCCGGGUCACGUGGGACAGCUCGUUCUGUGCCGUCAACCCCAAGUUCGUCGCCAUCAUCAUCGAAGCGAGCGGAGGAGGAGCCUUUCUCGUCCUUCCUUUGCACAAGACUGGUCGUAUAGACAAGGUGUACCCAACAGUCUGUGGACACACAGGCCCGGUGUUGGACAUCGACUGGUGUCCUCAUAAUGACCAGGUCAUCGCUAGUGGCUCGGAGGACUGCACGGUCAUGGUCUGGCAGAUACCUGAGAACGGACUGGAAACGGCCCUGUCAGAGCCUGUGGUUGUGUUGGAGGGUCACUCCAAAAGGGUCGGUAUUGUGUCCUGGCAUCCGACUGCUCGCAAUGUUCUCCUGAGUGCAGGGUGCGACAACCAGAUCGUCAUCUGGAACGUGGGGACGGGAGAGGCCAUGAUCAACCUGGAAGACAUGCACCCUGACGUCAUCUUUAGUGUCAGCUGGAGCCGCAACGGCAGCCUGCUGUGCACCGCCUGCAAGGACAAAAAGGUCCGAGUCAUCGACCCUCGUAAAAAGAAGAUUGUGAGGGAGAAGGACAAAGCCCACGAGGGAGCUCGGCCGAUGAGAGCGAUCUUUCUUGCAGAUGGAAAUAUUUUCACCACUGGGUUCAGCCGCAUGAGCGAGCGCCAGCUAGCCCUGUGGAAAUCUGAUAACAUGGAUGAGCCGAUAUGUGUUCAAGAGAUGGACACCAGUAAUGGAGUUCUGCUGCCCUUUUAUGACCCUGACACUAACAUAGUCUACCUGUGUGGAAAGGGCGACAGCAGCAUUCGGUACUUUGAGAUCACCGAAGAGGCCCCGUUCGUUCACUACCUCAACACCUUCUCCACUAAAGAACCCCAGAGAGGAAUGGGUUACAUGCCCAAAAGAGGCCUGGAUGUCAACAAAUGUGAAAUUGCAAGGUUUUACAAAUUACAUGAGAGAAAAUGUGAGCCGAUUAUAAUGACAGUCCCACGUAAGUCUGACCUGUUCCAGGACGACCUGUACCCGGACACGGCCGGCCCCGACCCCGCCCUGGAGGCAGAGGAGUGGUUCGCGGGCAAGAACGGAGGCCCCAUCCUGAUCUCGCUCAAAGACGGCUACGUCUCCACGAAGAACCGGGACCUGAAGGUGGUCAAGAAGAACAUCCUGGAGAGCAAGCCGGCGCCGAAAGCGGAAAGCGUCCCCACCAUCCAGAAGCACACGCCCCCACAGUCCUCAGCAAAAAUGGAAGACAAACUGGAAGAGGUACUCCGAGAGUUUAAGUCCCUCAGGGACCGCGUCAUCCUUCAGGACCGUCGGAUCGCCAGACUCGAAGAGCAGGUUGCCAAGAUGUGAGACGCAGCGUCUCAUUUUGGGAACCCACCGGCCAAAUUCUCAAGAUUCAGCGAGCUCGGCCUCGUCACGGAGGACGAGACCGAGCUCACAUUCCAAGAUGAACUUUAUCGUUACUCAUCAGCCCUCCCGUUUUACUCUCACACACUCACACACAAGGGAAAGGAAAACUCUCUGAGCUUGUGUUCACAUUGGAAGAAAAGACGUUUUAGGACAUUACUUUUUAUUUUUAAGUUGUGGUCAAACAUUCUUACAGUGGUUUGCAAAAGUAUUCAUACCCCUUGAACUUUU